CCGCUGGAAAAACGCACUGUAAGCCUGCUAAAACCCGAAAAUCAGGGUGCUGCCCACUAAACAGGGUCGAAGCUAAGCUUCCUGCAGCGGGGCUUUCGCCGCAAGCUGUGCUGUAGAGGCCGCUACGCUAACCCAAUGUGACGUCAACGAACCUUUUUUCGCUGGCCGCUAACGAGAAAUGGACGCAAGCAAUUAAAAUGAGCAUCGUGGCCCCCUCCCAUUCUGUCUCUCCCCCCUGCGAUCGUGAUUUUCUCUCGCUGCCAAAAAAGUGUUGACACCUUUCUUCUCCCUCCUUCACCAUCGUGAGUCUCGCCAUCGCGAUAGCCGUCUUGCCCAUAUUAACGCGUUGCCGUCUCCCGCGCAUCAGCCACCACAUCACUCUUUAAUAUCCGCGUAAUUUGCAGCUCGCCUCCACCACCGCGUCAAACAUGGGUAAACUCAGCCUCAAGAAUCUCGGCACCGGCUACGUGCUCUUCUGCGUGCUCUUCCUCUGCAACUUUGUUAUUGCGCUCGCCGUCAUCGGUCUCUAUGCUACCGAUGUCCAGCGCGGUAACGAGGAGCGUACUGGCGUCAACUCCAAAUGGGUCUACGGUGUUGUUGUUGGCGCACUGUCUGCUGUGACUUGCUUGGUCUGGUUUGUCCCUAAGCUGAUUGGUCUUGCUGGCAUCCUCGCUCCCAUCUGGAACUUGAUCGUCUUCAUCCUCUACAUUUCGCUCUUUGGCGUGUUUGCUGCCAUGUUCAUCAAGGAGGACCCCAAGGGCGACGGCUUUGUUAUGCGCAUGAAGAACGCUGUCUGGGUCGACCUCGCUGGUGCCAUCCUCUGGUUCUUCACUGCCAUUGUCAGCCUUGUCUACUGGACCAGACACCGCGAUCUCGGUGUCACCCGCUUCACCGGCCGCGCCCGCGUCUAAGCAACACUCUGACGAUAGACGGCUGAGCCGCCUUGGGAACCAUGGCUGUGAAUACCGUCUUGGUCUCCUUCGACUUCUGAAAACACCAUGAUACCCCUUGCAGAAACUGUCUGCGGCGAACAUCCACGGCAACGACUUUUGAGCGCGGAGUUGGACUGAUACUGUUUUUCGUUUUGAUAUUUUCUGCGCGAAGCUGGCUCGGCGCAAACUCCAGCUACCUUUUACGCUCGAUCGAUUUAAUAAUACCCUAGUUGCGUCGGUUUGAACAUUUUGGGCAUGCGCGAAGUAUGGUUGUUGGUUACUCCUAUAUACAAUGCUAAUAUUAAUGAUUAUCCCUCCGACCUUGGCUACCGUAGAUUGCCAAGGGAACGCUGCCCUAUAACGUAAUCUACCUAAGUAAACGGGCUACCGAUUCUUCUACCAGGCUAUUCGUAUAGGUAUUCUACGAGUCUACGGCUCUGCUGGUUGCAACACGAUGAAAUAUUCAUUUCGAUAAAAAAAGGUCUUCGGCUUUGAUAUCAAUACUCCGGCGAACCAAUAUACCACGGCUAUACCUCGCUACCAAAUGACAGAUUGAUCGGCGGCAUGGUUCUGCUUAUCACAAUUCAACAGCGCUACUGAAGCGCAGUGCCGCCCCGAUCUGCAGAGCCUCUGAAACAACACAAUACUCGCUUACUACGGCAUAGCACUUUUUGGCCUGCUGCGCACGCCGCUCAGCGUGGCUUUGUCGGUCCUUAGCGCAGCCGACGAGUCGACGUAAAUCUGGUGCCGUGAGGCGUCCCACCACGGCGCCCUUGAUAGUGGCGAUGCAGAGUACUGGGCACAGCACGGGUAUUAUACCACACAUUCGCGGCGUUGGAAACCGUUCCCCGUCAGCCAUAAUGUCAUUCUGCACACCAGGCUUGCGAGGCGUACUUGGCUGAGCGCAUAUCCCCUGUAUCUGCAGGCAAACAUGCAAAGCUAUCACAUCCAGGCCUUGCCACCUGCCACCCUCCAGCUGCGAGGGUGCCCUGCACACGAACAUGUAGAUGGUCAAAGCGUGAUGCCGACACAGGAGUAGUAGAACCCAUCCUGUGGCGAUCAGGUAGAUGGUGAUCCAGCUGGUGGCGGGUGUGACGAACUGGCUGGGCUGGGUAACCAAGUCACCAGUUGCGCGUUGACAGCGGGUGGUGUGGUGGGCGUGUGUGUGUGUUCAUAGCACGCGUCCUUGUCCACGCCGCCACCGUCUGAGCUAGUGCCGAAUGUCUCGAUGAUUGUUCCGCUGGGAAACAAUGACUUGUAACUAGGAUAUCGCAGCAGCAGCAGCAGCAGCCUGUCACCCAACCACAUGCAAACACCGUUGCUGCAACGUAUCGUCAUUUAUUGUCUUUUUUUUUUUCCUCUUUCUCACUGGCCCACAGCAAAAGUGCAAACUACGUCACCAAGCGGCAGAGAGGAGACGUUGCGAUGCACGCUAAACCUAACCAAGCCUAAAGUUCAGGCUGUCGCCAGUACGCAGCGGGGGCCAAAGGCUUUCUGGGCGGCAAGCCAGCGGUGCCAAGGCUUGAGAAAGGGCCGCUGUACUUUUCGUCGAAGCAUUUUUUGUGUUUUUGCGCCUACAAAUUUUAUUUUCGUAUGAGGCAGAAAUGGUUGUAGAUAGCUCAAUUUUUUUUAAACAAAAAUGUAUAAGUUGGAAAAACCGUUGCAUGUUAUUCGUAUAAUACUUACCCAGGUGCUGCCUGUAGCUGUUGCGUGCACUGCGCACAUGGAUGCUUGCCC